AUGUCUGAUGAACCUGAUUAUUCAUCAUUGUCUCUAGAGGAAAAAUUGGAACACAAAUUGUGGAAAGCUAGGCUCCAGGCGUAUGAUGAGAUCACAAAACAAUGUCAAAAUUCCCGUAAUGAUCUGGAUGAAUGUUUUCAGAAGCUUAAUGCAAAACCAGAGAUAUUUAAAAAAGCCGUAGUUGAUGCCAAUGUUGUCGCACAGGAAUCGGGUAUUCAAGCGCUAUCUAGUUACUUGGAAUUUGGGGGUAAUUCAGCCAACGCUCAGAAGUUGAAAUCUUCUGGAGUGGUAGCAUCGUUAUGUGAGAAAGGAUUGUCUUCGUCUCGAUCUGGAACCAAGGCCAAGGCCGUUGACUGUUUGUUGUGGUUUAUUGAGCUCUCUGAGAAUGCUAAUGGUGUUAUCGAAGACAUAUUGCCAUUCUUAAAACAUCGUUUACCAAAAUUAGUUGCCGGUUGUGUGAGCGCAUUACACGUAAUAGUAGAGAAUUUUGGGUGUCAUUCAGUGAUAUCGCCAAAGCUAAUAAUUCCAUGUCUAGGAAAGUUAUUUGCCCAUGCGGAUAGAAAUGUAAGGGCAGAAACUACCAAAUUGACAGUCGAGCUAUACAAAUGGAUGGGUGCUGCAUUAGAAACGAUUCUAUUUCCUGAUUUGAAGCCUGUGCAGCAAAAAGAUUUAACAAAGGCCUUCGAGUCGUUACAAAAUAUAACACCUGAACAAAAAAGAUUCACUAGAAAUCAACAAAUUGAGAUAGCUAGACGUAAAGAAGAAGAAUCGCGGAUAGAAGCUACUGGUGAUGGGGACAUCGAGAUGAAGGAUGCACAGGAUGAUAAAUCUAAUGAACCACAGUUUGAUCCUUUUGAUUUGGUGGAACCUGUUGAGGUAUUAUCGAAACUACCAUCUGACUUAAAUUCAAGAAUUUCCUCUACCAAAUGGAAGGAUCGUAAAGAAGUUUUGGAGGAAGUGCACAAUGUGUUGGAAAAAGCUGUUAAAUUAUCAACAAGAGACGACUACUUAGAACUUAUCAGAAUGUUCGCAAAGUGUAUGAAGGAUGCAAACAUCCAAGUAGUUCAAUUGGCUGCAAAUUGUAUAGAAUUUCUAGCUCGAGGCUUGAAAAGUGAUUUUCAAAGAUAUCAAUCAAUCGUUCUUGGACCAAUGAUUGAAAGAACAAAAGAGAAAAAGGCUUCUGUGGCGGACGCUUUAAAUAAUGCAAUGUUUUCGAUUUUUAAUUCUUCCUCGUUGAGUGAUAUAUUAGAUGAAACACUUGCAGCUAUGAAGCAUAAAACACCUCAAGUCAAGAUUGCAUCAACAAAUUACUUACAAAAGUGUCUAGCGGCAACCAAGGUGCCUCCCAAGGGUUCAGAAAUUGGAAGCAUCAUGGAAUCGGGUGUUAAAUUAUUAAGUGAUUCCCAAGAACCAGUGAGACAAGCGUCUACUGAAAUGAUUGGAACGUUAAUGAAAAUUACUGGGGAAAGAGAGCUCAAUGCAUUCUUGGAAAAGGUUGAUGAUAAUAGAAGAGCUAAGGUUACGAAGUUUUUUGAGGAAGUUGAUGUUAAUGCCAAAUUGGGUAAUCACCAUGCUUCACCAGGGCCUAAAAAUAUUUCCUCGUCAGGAGAAAGUGGUAUGAAUAAAUUGACGAGACCUAGAACCAGUCUUUCAACAGGAUCUACAGCUACUACCAAAAAACUCAGUUUACUGUCUGCUAGCACUUCACUUAAAAAACCUUCACAAGAACAGCAAUCCAACUCCACAAUACCAUCUAAGCGCCUUGCGACGUCACCUGCAAAAAGAGGUGAUGAUUCAUCUAAAGUAUCAUCAAUUGGAAGAGGAUUGACAGGAAGACCUUUGACAUCUAGUACACCUUCCUUGAGUUCUGGUUCUGCCGCGAAGCCAACGAGUAGCUUAUCCUUCAAAGAAAAAGAAGAACUACAGGCUUUACGUAGAGAGAAACAAGUAUGGCAAGAGCAACAAGAGCAGACAUUGCAUCAUCAAGAAAAUUUUGACGGUGAAAAAAUGAGCCUUACUCAAGAAAUAUCGCAACUUAACAGCAAAAUUGAAAAUAUACUGAAGGACCACACAAACGCAUUACUCAUGGUCAAACAGAAAGAGACCCAGAUUCUUCGUUCCAACAGUGACUUGGAAAAUGCUAAGUUAAAAAUACGAGAUCUUGAACAAACCAUAGAAAUGAUGAAAUUGCAACAAAACUCUUACACUGGCCAACAGCUGACUCAACCCGCAAAGCACUCAUAUAAUGCCGCUUUUAGUCCGUCAUCUACGUCGCCCUUUGAAGCUAAGCAAAGAUAUCAACCACCAGAAACGACACCUUCAGAAAGCCGCAUAUCAUCCGGUGAGCUCAGUACUAGAGUGAAUAGACUAUCAAUAGAUGGUAAUCCUCAGAUUGAAAAUUCCGGAAACCACUACAAUGGUAAUUCAUAUAAUCGCUUUAGCAGUCCCCAGAAGGCAGCAGAUAAUACAAGUCUGUAUACAUCCAGUUUGAGUAAGGACUCGAUGCAAUUAAACACUAAUGAUGAUAGUUGGAGGAGAGCAGCUGAAGUCACCUCCCAGUUAAAGGCAAGAAUUGAGAAGAUGAAAGCAAGGUCUAGAAGCGGAAUGUCUAACUUCUCUUAG